AUGUAAAAAAAUUACAACAAUCACAAUUUUUUAUAAUUCUGCGAUUCGCGGACGCGUUUUCUCUAAAAAUACUUGUUUUGAAAUGAUAAAUAACAGAUGAACUUGCUGAACCUAAUCUAAAUCUAUCUCCUUCACGAAGGAAUGCACCUCCAGUUCGGAUUCCUUAUUCGGCGGCGUUAAUUCAUUGGCCUACAUAUUGGUGCAUUACUUACAAAUGGAAGAAAGUUAUGUGUAUCGACCUGACCAAUUUCCCAAUUCUGUAACGCAAUGCAAGCGGACCAGUUGCUGGAUGUUGACUAGAGUGUAGUUUAGUCGAGGAUCGGUGAUGUAUACUCUAGUGGAGGUGGCAGUAACGGUGGGUGUGCUGGCGGCGCUGGUCUCCGCGCUCACCGCCUGCGUCUGUGGGUGCAAGAACUCCAAUCAGAAAAGUGAGUUGGUUGGGACGGCCGGUGUGGUCAAACUCCGCUUUGACGAGGAGGCCCCGUCCCCGACCCCCACCACGCCUGCUUCUAUCAAUCGAGCAUCAACUCAGAACAGCCACCGCAGCUUGCCAGAGAUCCCGCACCAAGUCGGGAGACAUGACAGCGGAGACACCGCCUCCGAAAUAUAUGCCACUGUUAACAUCGAUAAUGGCACAAAAGUGGAAGCAGAGCCUUCCACCAGCCGCGACCACCCGUACGAGCACGCGUACGCCAAGCUGCAAAAGGAGAGCCAUGUAACUGUGGAAGUGACACCCGAGGUGCGCACGGAGGAUCUGCCGAUCGACGAGAGGGAAGCGUCACAAUCUGGCCCAGAGUCCGUGGUGAUCUCGGCGUCGGUGGCCAUCAGCGGGCAGCUGCCGUCGAGCCAGGAGCUGCCGUACAUCACGCCCGCGCUAGACCACGCGCCACACUUCAGCGGGGACUCCACAGAUUCAGCUAAGGGCUACACAUCUAUCAGCGUGCGAGAGCCGCUAAGCAACAUCCGCGCGCAGGCCGCGCCCGCGCCGCGCGCGCCGCCGCACUACGCCACCGUGUCUGAUGACUCCGACGAGAUGUACGCAGCGAUCGAGGGCGGGUCGGACACGUACGCUCAGAUCGCGGCGCCGGCCGAGGAGCGAGCGCACAACAACCAACUGAUGCCCGACACUAGCGCCAGACGGAGUGCACCUCCAGAGAUGGGGUCUACUGCGAACGGCACGCACUCGCGACAAGGUGAGACUAAGUCACAGCCGGAGUCGACCCCCGAACACAAAUCAUCAUCAUCUAGCUGCACGAACUCUACCGGGGCGCUCGGCUCGCCCAAGCCGGAGAAGAGACAAGCCAACUCGCCCCUCCCGCCGCCCCCGCGCGACCCCCCGCGCCCCCGCAGCCCCCUGCCCCAGGCACUGGCAGUGAAGCAACAGAGGAUUUCUAGUACUGGCGACCUCCACUUCAACCACGACAAGUUGCGGCGCAGUCUCAACGAGAAGCACCAGCGGAACAACAGCUGCGUGAGUUCCUCCGACUUCUACGGAUGCAACUACCCCGUGGACAAGCACCGGUUCAGCUCCGGAGACCUCAUCCGACCGCUAGUCGCCAAGGAACUCAACUUCGACAUAGACACCAACGACGCUCCCACCGACAACCUAUACAACUCUAUAGACGGACCCCACUGCAGUGACUACUCGUCCACAGAACCAAAUACUAGCAUCAACUCGGAACGGGUAACGGAAAGCCCGUCGAGGAAUCUAGAUGAUAUGUAUGCUAAGGUGAAUAAGAAGAGCAAAGGGAAAACGGAUGAAACGAAACGGAAAUCUAAGGACUUAGAUAAUGGUGAGACGUCGAAACUAAGAGGUGAUGAUCCCGGAUACGAGACUAUUGAACGAAAGAAAUCAAUGAAUCACAAUUAUGAAACGAUCGCGCAUAAAGAGAGGAAAAUAUCGCAGAAUCAAGACCCCGGGUACGAAACUGUGAAAGACAUACACAAGUUGGGACCAAACGCGAUUUAUGCUAAUAACAAUUUACUGAACAAGUUAAACCACUUGGCGGAUAGUGGACCUAAUAGCAUGAUAAGCAGUGACCCCGGCUACGAACACAUAUCUAAAAUAAACGAUAACAGUGCAUCGGAUUCGGACCCUAAUUACGAGGUGCUAAGGAACCAACCGUCGACCCCGCCUUACGCGACCAUCGCGCCCAAUUACAAAGUACAACCGACGUAUUCGACGGUCAACAAGAAGGAUAAGUACAGCGAUUGGUCGGCGAAUAACAACGAUGAAGCGGCGAUGGAGCCUCACUACUCGUCGAUGCCACACGAACCGCUCUACACUACAGGCAGCGAGUCAGACCCUAACUACGAGUCAGUCCGCCCGAAGGACCCAAAUUAUGAAUCUGUGAGCACGCAAGACCCUAACUACGAGUCUUUGAGGCUAAAAGACCCGAAGUAUGAGUCGGUGCGUUCGAAAAGCUCGACGAGAUCGAAGGAUCCGAACUACGAGAGCGUGAAGUACUUUGAGCUGUCGAAGACCGAGCCUCCGUAUGAGAAGGUGAAUGCGGGCGCGUCGGGCGUGGAGAGGUCGGACUCGGCCGCCGGGUAUGAGCGUAUCAAUGUGGCCCGGGACCCCCGCAGCAGUAUUAGCAACGGCGGCGGCGUUGAACCCACCGUCAGCGAUUACUUCCAAGUGUGAACCACGAAUUUACACGUUAAAAUUGGGUAAUUUUAACCUUUAGGAUGAGAUUUAGUACUUGUAUGCACCUGUAUUCGUGCCGUUUUACCCGAAAUUUUAGAUGUAAAACUGAUUGUUAGCACAAUUAUACACCGUAUUCCAUUUGGAGUUUAUUUUACAAAACUCUGUUGUAGUUGUAAAGGUGCUGUGGUUGAUCGGCACGUCUUGUAAGACUAUUUGAGAUGUAAUAUAUAAAAGCAUGUUUUAGAAAUAUUAUUAACGCUAUUGACUUUUUACUAGAGCAUUACGUUUUAUUUAUUUUUACUAUUAAUUACUAUCCACAAUGUGUUGUACCUCAAAGAUAGAUAAUUGUUUGAUUAUCUUCGUUAGGUAUCUGUGAUAUAUGAAUAUGGAUAUUGUAUUAAGUUGUUCAUUUAUUAUGUAAACGUUG